AUCUUAUUCUGGGGAUACUUGCCAAAACGCCGUCUGAGACGCCACUCGUGUUAAACGAUACAUAACAUAUUUAUACGACGGUCGGAGCAUAGUCAGAUUCACACAGUACGAAAGAUGUCGUGCGCGCGCGCAAUACUUUGUAAAUAAUAACAAACAAAUGAGAAAGUAGCACUAAUUAGUGAUAUACUAAGAAACUAAAAAUGGCCAACAGCUACAAUAUGAAGGAGUUCAGUUCUACAGCAGUCAUCACCGAACAUGGCGUCUAUCCAUCGACUUACUCAAUAAACACAAUGAACACAAAAUGCAAAGAAAAAGAUGUCGAAGUUAGCGCUUACGAUCCCUUUCAGAAUAGAAAGUUGGAACAUCCUAAUUCAGAUGUGAGAUCGUUCGCCAAUCUACUGAAAUCGUCUUUAGGCUCCGGUAUAUUAGCAAUGCCGGCCGCCUUCAAGAACGCCGGUACUCUGGUGGGCGUUUUCGGCACUAUAAUACUGGGAUAUAUUUGUACACACUGCGUAUAUUUGUUGGUUAAGACUUCACAGGAUGUUGCAAGAGUCUCUAAAGUUCCAUCACUUGGCUACGCAGAAACAGUUGAAGCUGUGUUUGCUACAGGACCUAGAUCUCUGAGAAAAUUAUCUAAAACAGCAAGGAUAUUUAUAGACUGGGCAAUGGCGUUCACCAUUCUUGGCGCCUGUGCUGUCUAUGUCAUAUUGCUGGUGGAAUCAGUAAAACAGAUUGUCUCAUAUUACUACGAAGAUAAUGGCUACACGGACACUAUGUACUGCCUGAUGUUCCUAGUUCCGAUAUUAAUAUUUACACAGAUUAAAAAUUUAAAAUAUCUAGCACCAUUCUCUGGAUUCGCCAAUAUUUUGCUAGUCGCCACUUUCCUUAUUUGCUUGUACUACAUAUGUUCAGACUUUCCGAGUAUCGAUUCUCGGCCUAUGUCCGUGGACAUUGGAAGAUUACCAUUAUUUAUAGGUACAGUUAUAUUUGCAAUGGAAGGUAUCGGAGUGGUGCUACCAGUUGAGAAUACAAUGGCCAAACCCCAACACUUCCUCGGCUGUCCUGGUGUACUGAAUAUUACAAUGUCUAUUGUCGUACUGCUGUACAUGAUCAUGGGUUUUCUGGGCUACAUUUGCUAUGGCGAUGAGGCAGCUGGAAGCAUUACUCUUAAUCUGCCCACAAAAGAAAUUCCGGCCCUGAUGGCGAAGUGCUUCAUCAUCGUAGCAAUUUUCUUCACUUACACGCUGCAGUUCUAUGUGCCCAUGGAGAUAGUGUGGCGCAACACUAACCAGCACGUCUCGCAGAAAUACCACAACAUUGCCCAGUCCAUCAUGCGAGCUGUGUUCGCUAUUCUUACUGUAAUUGCGGCCGCUACGUUGCCCCGUCUGGAACAGGUCAUCGGCCUAGAGGGGGCGUUCUUCUAUUCAUUCCUAGGCCUCAUAGCACCAUCAUUGAUUGAUCUCAUAUUCUGCUGGGAGAGAGGUCUAGGAAAAUACAAUUAUAUCUUAAUUAAAGACAUAUUUCUCAUCGUAUUCGGAACUUUUGUACUGGUAACAGGCGUUAUGCAAAGUAUUAGAGAAAUUAUACGUAUUAGUGAAUAAAUGUAAUUUAAAAU